AUGCUCGACAAAUUGUGCCAGCAUGCGAGCAGACUGCAGCCCGAUACGUUGCCAGAUAUUGCAGAGCUAGCAGUGGCGUACGUAAAAGACAUUCCGCAUGGCCAUCGCCACCCAGACAAGGCGUACAAGCUACAAUGCCAGGUGCUCAAUCGCGCUCUACAGGCCGUAUCAGUCGCAUCGAAAAAGUCUCCAUAUCAGUGUAGCUCUUACAACUGGACGGCUGUGACUAAGCUUCUGUCGCUAUCUUCCAGCUCGGAUAGAACCCUGGUCAUUGAGGAAGAGAGCUAUCGGGCAAUUCGGCAAGUGUUGCUUGCAUCGCCAAAAACCGCGUCAGAACGGGACACGGCCAGCACUCUUGCCAGUCAUUGGCCCCCGCAUCGGAUUAUGCGGGACGGCAUGGAAGAGAAAGUUGGUCCCGAAGUCUACCAAAGCCGAGUUGUCAAGGCUGGUGUAAUGAUGCAAGAGGGUGGAUAUAGUAAGAAGGAGUUCGAUUUGAUCACGGAUAUCCUGGGUGGCAUGGCCCCUGAUGGCACACCAACGGUCCAGACGAGGGCGAAUUACCCACGCCACCUUCGUGUCGAGCAAGGUACAUGGGCAGCUCUGAUCCGGACGACUCGAAAUGCACAAGAAGCUUGGGCACUGUUCAAACAUCCCCCAGAACCAGGGAUGAAGCCAACGUUUGAGGUGUACAGAGAGUUGAUAGCUAAGCUCUCUGCGAAGCCAGCAAAGGCUGGACAUCACAAUCUCCCCGGAGAUGGGAGGGAGGUUUUCCCUUAUAACGAUGAGAACCUAAGUGACUUUGAGCGGGCGCGGACCAACGCACCUAGUAUCCGCAAAGUGGUGGAAGAGAUGUGUACCGCAGGUAUUCCCAUCCGAGGACGCUUUUUGGCCGGACUCAUCAAGCAGUCACCCAGCCUCGACAUUGCUUUGCAUCACGUCGAUUGCAGCAGCUUGGAUGAAGGACUCAAAAGCAGUCUCAGACAGAGCCUCAAAGACUACCAGGGCCUUAAGGGGAAUGCGCUGGCACAACCGCCUCACGACAUACUGCACGCAUUCAUCGACCUGCUUUGUCGCCUACAGCCGAAUCGAACAAUAAAUACACGUUCGCGCAUCUCUAGCAAGAGCAUGUAUAGUAUCCACUACGCAUUCCGACUUGCGCAAAUGGGAUGGGUAUCAGCUGACGCCUCUGGUCGAACCCCAUGGGAUACGAUCAUGUUCAAUCUAGGCAGAUCAAACAUCAUGGUCAGCAACAGCAUGCCCCGGGAGAACAACAUCGAAGUGGUGCAUCUGGCAUUCAAAGCCCUAGAAAAGGCCGAAGGACAUACCGGUCUCAGCCUAAACAUGAUAACUGCGUUUGCCAGUGUACUACGGAAGGCGGUUCAGCCCCGGCUUGCCGCUUUGCUUGCCAAAGCUUCGACUGAAUCGUCAGUUCGUUGUGGAGAAAAAAAACUCGAGGAGCCAAGGACGAGAGACCCGCUCGAAGACGGCGCGUCUGCUUCAGCAACUCUUGACGAAGACCAGGAAUUUUUGUCGCUUUAUGAGGCGCAGACCACCGAAAUGAGGAUUCCUGAGGGCCGCAUCUUUCGACUUGCCGGCUCCACCGACUCUACCAAGGCAGACUCCAGCAAGCUAUCAUGGCGCCAGCUUCUUGCCCCUAUCUUCCAACGAGAAGAGCUGGGCCACGGCCAGACACCUAUCGAGACAGUCCGAAAAGCGUCGAGUCAACUUAAGGCCGCCUGGAGAGCACUUGCUACUCUGGGCCCGGCACGCGACCCUGAAGUGAACAAGCUCGUAACUGCAGCGACAAUCAACACAUAUAUGCGCACACUUGCGUUCCUCGGCGACUGCGAGGAAAUGGCGCUGCUGAUGUGGUGGGUCAUCCGAGAGUGGACUCCCCAGGCCGGCGGUGACCUUUCACUGGCGCACGCGAGGUACCUUAUGAGAGCAUUCCGUGCGUUUCGGGCCUAUGCGGAACCCUUGCUCGACAAGGAGACGGUGAUGGCUUUACGCGAGGAGGUCACGGCACAAAGCGGUAGCAGUAACGGCGGAGCGCUGCACUGGCCGUCCGAUGAAGAGGUGGAGGAGUACAUAUACGAGGAUGAAUGGGGCAAUCAUCAGAAUCUGCACGAGGUCAUUAAGCUCGGCCCGGCCUUGAGGCAAGACCUGCCAGGUGCGGAGAAGGGGCUACGGGAAACCGAGGCGUCUGACGAGAAGUGCCGGAUGGUGAUGGACUGUUAA